ACAAUAACGAAGUUAGUAGACAGAAAUCAAAUAAAAGUCACAAAAGAACAAACUACAAGCAACAUUACCGUCCUGGUGCUAAUUUCAAGACUGGUGAACCUAAAGAAGACAAUAACGAACCUAAAGAUAAUAACGAAGUUG